AUGGUCCGCAACGUCGUUGUCCUAAGCGGUAACUCACAUCCGAAAUUCGUCGACAGUGUCUGCACCUACCUAGGGCUUCCGCCGGCAAACCGCGUGCUGGAGAAGUUCUCGUCGGGCGAGACACGUUGCGAGAUUAGGGACUCAAUACGUGGGAAGGACGUCUACAUCAUCCAGUCGUUUGGGGUGGGAACCGACAGAAACGCGGUCAACGACAACGAUAGAUGCUCUUCGGCUACAGGAGCCACAGGUCAUGUCACCGUCAACGACUACUUCAUCGAACUCUGCAUCAUGAUAUCGGCCUGCAAGACGGGAUCGGCUCGCAGGGUCAUCGCCGUCCUGCCAUUCUUCCCUUACUCCCGCCAGCCGGACCUGCCUUACGCCAGGACUGGGGCGCCGCUGGUGUCUAGAAAUCGAGAAUCGUCCAUGACAGCAACUGAAGGCCCGGGCGGUGUCUCUUACACGUUCGAAAGCGUCCCGCCUACACCGGCCGUACAUAUCCCACGGACUGCUGGACUGACUAACGGCAUGUCUAAGCUAAUCAAUGGUCUGUCCAACAAUAGCAUCACCUGUGGUAUCGACAUCCGUGACAUGGUUAAGGCUCCAGCUACAGUGACGGUGACGGGACCAGCCAGCGAUGAUGGUAACAAGUCGUUGGGAGAGAAGCAGCCCCUUCAACAAAAAGCCAACGACAGGUUCACCACGCACGACUACGAGAACCCGACCAUGGCGAUGGCGUUCCAACAGAAGGCCGGGUUCAAGCCGAUGAUGGCGCAGGCGGGAUCGUUGAUUGCGGAUCUGUUGACGUGUGCGGGAGCGGAUCGGAUUGUUACGUGCGACUUGCAUGAGAGCAGUUACCAGGGGUUCUUCGAUAUUCCCGUCGAUAACCUCGUCGCCAAACCUAUUCUGAAGCGGUAUAUCCAACACCACAUCGAGAACUACAAGGAAGCCGUGGUAGUCAGCCCGGACGCCGGCGGGGCUAAACGCGCCGCCGCCAUCGCUGACAGUCUAGGUCUAGGAUUCGCUCUCGUCCAUAAAGAUCGACGCCCGCCGUCCAUGCCACCCCGGCAAAAUCAACCAAACUACCCAACAAUGAUGCUCGUCGGAAACGUGGCUGGCCGCGUCUGCAUCAUGGUCGAUGACCUCGCCGAUACGGGCAACACCAUCACGCGCGCGGCCAAGCUACUCAAGCGCGAGGGGGCCGUCCAAGUGAUUGCGCUCAUCACGCACGGCGUGUUUAGCAGUGACGCGAUACAGAGGAUUAAUGCGUCGGCGCUGGAUCGGGUGGUGGUGACGAACACGGUGGCACAGGAUCGGCAUCUUGAAGCGUUCGGGGCAGCUGAACCUGGAGGGAAGAAAGAGCAGGUAGACAAGAAUAAGAAUGAUGCGGACCCGCGAGUGGUUUGUGGCAAGUUGGAGGUGUUGGAUAUUGCACCCUUUUUUGCGGAGGCGAUUAGGAGGAUCGUGUUUGGGGAGAGUGUUAGCAUGCUGGUUCGGGAUGGGGAUUGA